UUUCUUUAAACAUGAUAGAAAGCGCUAUAUUGAUAAAGCAAGGAGCUGAAGCACGGAUAUAUACAGCACCGUUUUUAACACGUACGGCAAUUAUUAAAGAAAGAUUUUCUAAAACUUAUCGACAUCCUACACUCGAUAAAAAAUUAACAGCAAGAAGAGUAACUCAGGAAGCUCGAUGUUUAUUCAAAUGUCGUAAAUCAGGAGUUGAUACUCCAGUAUUAUAUUUCGUGAAUACAGAGAAUAGUACCAUUUGUAUGGAAUUUAUACAAGGGAUGAUCAUUAAAGAUUUACUUAUAUCAGAUAACGAAUAUAUUCAAAAUAAAGAAAAGCAAGAUGAAUUGGCUGAAAAGAUUGGAAUUGCUUUAGCAAAAGUUCAUGCAGUUGAUGUCAUUCAUGGAGAUUUAACAACCUCUAAUUUAAUGUUAAGAGAAUCCAAUCAAUCCCUGGUUAUCAUUGAUUUUGGACUAAGUUACGUAUCAUCAUUGCCGGAAGAUAAAGCUGUUGAUUUAUAUGUACUUGAAAAAGCUUUUUUAAGUACUCAUCCUAAUUCUGAAGAAAUGAAAAAUUAUAAAGCUUCACAAGGAAUAUUAUCUAAAUUAGCUGAAGUUCGAUUACGCGGAAGGAAAAGGAGUAUGGUUGGAUAGAUAUUAAAUUGUUUACUGUUGAAUUAAUAUUUAACUAGAUUGGGAUUAAUAAUUAAUAGCAAUUUAAUUAGUGAAUAAUAUAUCUUAGAUUAGUUAAAUAAUGUAAAUAAAAGUAAUCACAAUAUGAAUUUCAAAUAAU